CAACUUGAUGGAAAACAACCGACUGACUGAGCCAACGACGACAAUGAUGAAGUGAAGUGUGAUGUGGUGAAGUAAGUGAGCUGAAGUCCGCCCGCGUAUAUAAAGUCACAUUUGAGGCUCGUUCAAACUUUACCCGUCUAUCAGUCGAAGCGUACAUUCCGAACUUAGUGGACGUUUGAGUUGAGGCGUAACGUUAUUGAAUAAUUUGUCGUUUUUUUUCUCGAGCUGUUUCAAGUGGCAAUUACUGAUUUAUUAUUGUCGUUUUCUAUCUACUACGGAAGUAGUUUUUUUCGUAGGCGGAUCUGUCCCCAUCGGUUGUUGUUGUUGUCACUUAAUCAGUGAAGCAGAAAAGCUUAAUUUUCGGACUUGCCUUCUGAUGCGUGCGUGAGCUCAGAUCAGAAGAUUUCGGUUGAAAAAUUCCAGUGAAAAUAAUCUCGCCAGUUGGUUGCGCAUGUGAUAUCGUGUGUGCAGUUUCAGCAGUAGUUGGUUUGAAAAAUAAAACCCCAACACGAGUCGGCUAGGAGAGAUCGGCUUCAGUUGCAUUUUUCUAGUGUGCCUCUACUAUUGCGCUUAAGUUUUUGAUUGAUCCAGCUGCGGACGGAGUCUUAUUAUUAUCUCUCAAUAGUUCGCAAAACAAAUAUUAAUUUUUCCUUCGAGUUUCAGUGCAAGUGAAUAGCGCGCUCUACGUACGAGUCCACCAAGUACCUACUUACUUGCGCAAAAGGGAUUGGAAAGCCGAGUGGCUCUUCUAAUAAAUAUUUAAUUCAAUUACAUACCCACCUAUAGACUUGGUUGGUGACUUUGUGAACCGUGAAUCGAUUGACGUAAAGUUCGCGCUGCGUUGUUUUUUAAACUUUAGUUGCUGUUGAACGAAUAACCGAGAACACUAGCGGAGGAAAAAAAUGUCACACUCAUGGGGAUACACCGAACUGAACGGCCCACAUGUAUGGCCGCAGAUGUAUCCACAGGCCGCUGGCCAACGUCAGUCUCCGGUCGAUAUUGUAACAGCACGCACCAAACAAUCGAGUGAUCUGGCCUCAAACCCACUUCGGUGGACCUACAUCCCGGAAAACACACGCAGCCUGGUAAAUCCCGGGUAUUGCUGGCGAGUAGAUGUUAACGGAAAGGGAUCCGAACUGACCGGAGGACCACUGCAGGAUGAGAAGUUUGUGCUGGAACAGUUCCACUGUCACUGGGGUUGCUCGGAUUCCCGGGGAUCGGAACAUACCGUCGAUGGUGAAUCGUAUGCCGGGGAGCUUCAUCUGGUGCACUGGAAUCAGACCAAAUAUGCCAGCUUUGGUGAGGCUGCAGGACAGCCUGAUGGUUUGGCUGUGUUGGGAGUGCUACUGAAGGUUGGAAAACCACACCCAGAGCUGGACACCAUCGCACGGCUGUUGCCAUUCAUCACCCACAAGGGCGACAAGGUAACCCUCACCAAGCCGCUGGAUCCGGCAAAACUGCUUCCGGAGGGCAAGGCCUACUGGACCUAUCUGGGCUCCCUGACCACUCCACCCUGCUCGGAAUCGGUAACCUGGAUCCUGUUCAAGGAACCGAUCGAAGUGUCCCACGAGCAGCUGGAACUGUUCCGGGAGAUGCGCUGCUACGAUGCCCGCGAGGAAUGUCCCUGCGAUGAUUCGCUCCACAAGACUUUCGAAUACGGCAAGGUGAUCAACAAUUAUCGUCCCCCGCUGGAGCUCGGAAACCGGGAGCUGCGUGAAUUCGGAGGACACUAAUAGAGAAGCAGUGAUCGGUUUCAGUGUGUGCCCAGCAUGCGCGAAACCGGUUCGAAAUUUUGUUGGACGACCGGAACCGGAACAAGCAAUAAACGUUGUAUGAACUCACCCCCAGUGUUUGUUACGAGCACACCGCGUGUCGUGCAAUCGUUUAGACAUCUGUAACUGUAAGUGUUUGUGAGCUUUGUAGAGAUGUUGCCAUAGACAUUUUGUUGUUUUAUGGUGUUGUCACAAAUAGUUUAACACAUGGAAGGAUGUUGAUUUUUAUUAAUUUAAGUUAUUGGAAUGGAAUUCAGGCGGCGUUUCCACAGUUGGAAACUGAAAGCAGUGAUUUACAGUUAUACAAAUUAACGACGGAACAGAAUAUUUUGUUAAAACAUCGGUCUGUGCAAUGUGUUUAGAACACGUUCUAGUAGUUAAACAACCAUUUCGAUCAUUUUUAUUGGAAGAAAAUCUGUUAGUAGUUGCGCAAUUAAAUUCAAUAUUAUAUUAAUAUUUAAGUGCAACUUUAUGUUGUUAUAAAAAAAAUGAAAAUUUCAUUUCAAAAGCCAUUUUAAUAGAUAUUGUUGAUAAGAAUUCUAAGUUAAACGUCAUAUUAUUCUUUAAAUCAAUUGAAAUACGCCAUCAUGUUAGAACACGAUGAACAUUUUAGAAGAUUCCUAUUGAAGAAACAGUCAAUUUUAAGUAGACGAUCACUGCAAGUGCCUACCGACACCUGGAUGCAAAACGAUCAUUGGAAGACACAGUUUAGUAUACCAAGUUAACAAAAUAAUGAAAGAACCAACAACUAGUAACGCUAUUUACACCACAAAGAACCAACAGUAUUGAGGAACAUUGUGCGAGAUGGCGAACGUCAGUUUUGAGAUACGCCCAAUAUUUUAUCACCUUUAGACCCAAAUUACACAGAGAUAUCUAAAAUAAAACAUAGUUAACAAAAAUUUCUAGCGACCACAGUAAACAGUGAAUAUAUUUGAUACGUGCUAUAGGUUAUAUUUACACAGGAAAGCACAUUUAGGCACAUCAGGAUUCAUCACAGAUGGGAGAAGAUUUAUUAUGUAGGUUCUUGAUAUUUCAAUGUAGAGUUCAAAAUAUACAUUCACCAAUGUUGAAAAGUA